AGUCAAUCCUAAGAUCGUGUAGAUCGGACAACAGCCAACGGCAGCGUUGUUAGAGUGGCCUGUGUCGAGGGCGGAAUUUCAGCUCGCUAUCUAAUUAUGAGUAAAGAAGCAUUUUUCGGCCUUCUAAGCGGCUUAGCCCAGCGAUUGUACUACAGUGACCCUGAUGCAACGGACGAAUUGUUGAAAAAUGAACUGUAUCCUUCACUUUCGGAUGAACAUUUUUCCAAAUUGGUCUCCAAGGCAACGACAGUACUGAGGACGCUUGCUGCGUCUAACAUGGACUGGACACAGCUGGAGGCGUUCCUCACAUCGCAGACCAAACGACAGGAAGGCGGCCUGACUCAGGAGCAAGCGGAGUGCACUUCUCGAUUCUGGAGAAACCACCGUGCGCGCGUGCGGGCCAGUGUUGUGGCUCAGAGUCGCUGGAAUCCGGGCCUAGGCUCGUGCUCGUGGAGGGUGGACCUCGAAGGCCCCACGGCGCAAGUGACUUUGGGAGAACUGCAGUUUCAGAUGGGCAAGGUGGAACUCGAGUCCUUGCUCGAGAGUAUCGCUGCUGUUCAAGUUGCCUUGGACAAACACUGCCCUAGAGCGAAGUGACUGAUGGACUGAAUUAAUUACAGAUGACUGCAGGCGCUGCAGCUGUCAUGUUUUAUCGCAGUAUCAUUACAUGGUGCUCGAGCACUUUGCAAACAUGCAGCUUGUAAAUCAGGUAAGACGUAUACAAGAAACUGAUUGAAGUGAAACUUGGGACCACAUACUCAUCUUUGUUUUGUUCACAGUGUCUAGUCCCAGCCUGUAAUGGUUACAAUAAAACAUUAGUAUUCUUGAAAAGGCUAA